CAAUCCUCUGUAUACAGGCACAGUCUACACGUAAGAAUGGGACCCUACGUCUGUCUUUUCGCAAUAUUUCUGGCAACAUGUCCCGGGCAGGCCUUCUCUCGGCCAGAGACGCCGGAUUCUGACAAAAUCGAGUCUCUGCCAGGCCUGAACGCGACCCUGCCGUUCUCUCAGUACGCCGGUUACAUCACAGUAAACCAGUCGCACGGACGCAGGCUGUUCUACUGGUUCGUGGAGUCACAAAACGACCCGGCACGAGACCCACUGGUGCUGUGGCUGAACGGAGGACCGGGCUGUUCUUCCUUCAACGGUUUGUUUGAGGAGAACGGCCCGUUCUCCCCGAACCCGGACGGCAAGACGCUGGACCUGAACCCGUACUCCUGGAACCGAAACGCCAGCGUUAUUUUCCUGGAAUCUCCCAGCGGAGUGGGGUUCUCUUACUCCGACACCACGGCAGACUACACCACAGGUGACUGGCAGACUGCCCAGGACAGUCUGGACUUCAUGCUGAAGUUCCUGGAGAAAUACCCGCAGUACCAGAAGAACAAGUUUUGGAUCACGGGAGAGUCGUACGCCGGGCAUUACGUCCCGAACCUCGCCAGUCACAUCGUCAGUUACAACACCGUGAAGCCCGGAAGCAUCAACUUGGAAGGAUUUAUGGUUGGAAACGCCUGGACCGAUCCAGACUUGGAUAACGCCGGUGCGACAUUCUUCUGGUGGAGCCACGCCCUCAUCUCCGACAGGACCUACAACAGCAUCAACAAGGCCUGUAACUAUAGCAACAUCGGGCCGCUUCUGGCCAAUGGGGAACAGGCGCUGUUGUCGUCAUCACCCGGUCGUCUGAAGGAUGAGUGUGAGAUGUUGCUGGCAGAAGCCCACACGGAGAUGGGAAACAUCAACAUCUACAACAUCUACGUGGACGUGUGCCUGAGACGCCGGGGCGGACGGCAGCUCCUGAGCCAACUGGCCCGGUCCGACUCCGUCCUGAGGAAGUUCGCCCAGCGCAGGUUAGAGGCGGAGGAUGUCGGGAGGAAGAUGUACCCGUGUGAGGAUGACUACAUGGAAAAGUACCUCAACAGACCUGACGUCAUCGCUACUAUCCACGCCGCCACCCUGCCGUACAAAUGGACGCCCUGCUCUACCAUAGUAGACUACUCCCGUAAGGACCUGCUGACCUCCAUGCUGCCGGUGUACAAGCGGCUGUUCACGGCCGGACUGCGGAUCCUGGUGUACAGCGGGGAUGUGGACGCCAUCGUGCCGGUGACUGGGACCCGCGCCUGGCUCAGGGCGUUGCCGCUCACCGAGGUGGAGGGGUGGAGCGCAUGGACGGCGUCCGACCAGCAGGUUGGAGGAUACAGCGUGGUCUAUGACAAGCUGACCUUCGCCACAGUUCGGAACGCCGGGCAUGAAGUACCCGGAUAUCAGCCGCUCAGAGCGCUGGACAUGUUCAACAGGUUCCUCACCAACCAGCGACUGUGAUUCAACAC